AUGGGCAGAAAACACAAGAAAAAAGGAGGAAAAAACAAGCGUCAUCAACCUCCUCUACCACCUUUAGGAGAAGACUUUAAGUAAAAUCUAUAUCUAGAAGGUAUCAAUUUUUUAAUAAAAAUAGCUUUGGAGGGCAUCAAUAAAUUAAAACUUUCAAAAGAUCUUUUCCUUUAGAAAUAAGUGAAGGAGGCUUAUUUAUUAUCAAAAAUAUGGUUAGAAACUUGGAAGACUCAUGUUGGAUAUGAUGCUGUAUUGAAAGGUGAUUAACCAGGAGGAAAGAAAUAUGGAAGACAAUAAAUUGGAGAAAUUAAUAAGGAUAUAAUAGCAAAUGAGGAAUUAUUUCAUUCUGCACCUGAAUUAUAUUUUUAUUUUGAUCCUCCACUGAAUGAUGUCCAACCUGUAAAAGAUUUUAUUCUGAUCACAUAAGAUGUUUGGGAAUUCUUUUAUGAGAAAUAUAAGGGAAAGGCAGUAAAAAGGAUAGCAAAUGAGUAAGGAGAAUUUAAUUUGAUGACAAUAAGUGUAAUUUUUAGUUGAUAUCAAAGCCCUAUGCAAUAUUUAUGACUCAAGAGAAAUUGAAUCAAAUUGGUUCACUUAAUUAAAAUUAAUUGGCAAAUUCUGUUGAUUUAUUAAGAAUGAGAAAAAUAUAAUUGUAUAGUGAUUGGAAAUUCAAAGAGUUAGAAAUAUAUUGUUAAUAAAUAAUGGAAAGUCAAGAUAUUCAAAUAUGGUUAAUGAAUCCAAUAUAUGAAUAAAAUCAAAUAAAAUUAUAAUUGAUAAAGACAAUUCAUCAAAAUAAAAAUAUAUUAUUAGGUGAAUAAUUAUUAGAAGCAGAAUAUUAGUAAUUAUAAUUAUCAUAGUUUUUAAAAAAUCAUUUUAUAUUAGUAGUAUUUUAAAAUGAAAUUGAAUUAUCUUAAUUAGAUGUAAAAUUUGAAUUAAAUUAAAAUGGUUGUUGUUUUAGUUGUGGAUCAAAGGCUUUAUUGAAUUAUUCAUGUGCUUGCAAAAAAGUAUUUUAUUGUAGUGAUACUUGCAGAUAUAAAGAUUAAGAAUUUCAUUCAAGAUAAUGCACAAAAGCUUAUGAUUCAUAAGAUGAUGAUGAUUUUGAUGCAAUUACAUAUGAAACUAUAUAAAAUGGAUAAGGAGUAGGAUUAGUCAAUUUAGGUAAUACUUGUUAUAUGAAUUCAUCCUUAUAAAGUCUCUUUAGUUCAACUCAUUUUUAGGAAUUCCUAUCAAAUAAAUAAUAUUGGACAUAAAAUACUAUUAAAAGGAGUGUUUAAUUAAAUUAUAAAUUAGAAAAGCUAUUAAAAAAUCUCUUGACAUAAAAUAAAGCAUUCUCUCCAUAUAGUUUCAGAUAAUAAUUAGCUAGAAAAUAUCCAUUCGUAAAAAUUCAUAUCCAUAUAUUAGUUUGGAAAUAAUUAUUAAUAAGAUGCUGCAGAAUUUAUAUUGUAUCUAUUUGAUGCAUUAAAUGAAGAAUUGAUAUAAAAGGAUGAUAAAUAGAAACCUUAAAUUUAAUUAUAAUAGUAAUUAGAUUUAGGAGAUGGUGAUAAGCCAGAACCUGAAUAAGCAAAUAGUGAUAGUGAAGAUGAUAGUAGUGAAGAACAAGAAAAUACUGAAACUUAACCAACAUAAUAGUAAUAGAUAUAAUUCCAUAAAAAAGUAUAAUAAAAUGUAAAUUAUUUUAUAUAAUUUUAGUAAAUCAAUAAUGAUAAUUAUGAAUAAGCUUUGGAAUUGAUUCAUAAAUUAAAUAGUUCAAUUAUUGUUAAGAAUUAUUUAGGAAUAACUAGAUCAGAAAUAGAAUGUCCAAUUUGUGAUUAGAAAACAUAAAGUUAUGAAUAAUUUUUGAUUUUGCCACUUUCAUUAAAUGCUGUAUCUUAAUCAAAACAUUUAGUUGAUGUAUUUGUUAUAUCAAAUGAUUGGUAUAAACCAUAUGAAAAAAUUGUUUAUGAAUAUUAACCAAAUUAAACUAUGUUAUUAGAUGUUAAAAGAGAUAUAGGAGAAAAAUUGGGAAUUGAAGCCAUUUAUUUAUUAGGUGCAUUUUGUUCAAAUAAUUAAAUAGAUAUGUAUUUAUUUCAUGAUGAAGAUCAAUUAUCAAAAGUUCUUAAUGAUAAUUAAAAUAGUUAUUUUUGCUUAUUUUAAUUGGAUUAAAGCAUUUAUUCUAUAACUGAUGAAGAUUAAUAUUUUGAUGUGAUGAUCUAUUCAUAUGAAAAAAAGAAUGCCUUUUCUUAUUAAUGUGAAUAUAUAUGUGCAGCUAUUCCUAAGAUUAUUAUUAUUAAGAAAUAAUUUACAGCAUUUUAAAUUUAUCAAUAAAUUUGGAAUAAACUUGGAGAACAUUCUAAAUCUGAUUAACUUAUGAAUAUUUAAAUUGAUGAACCUUAAUAAGAUAACUUAUUAAAUUCAUAAUAACUCAAAGAAGUCUUAAAUUAUUAGAUUAUCAUUUAAACUAGAUUACCAUCCAAAACUCCAUGUCCAUUUACAUGUGGUAAAUAAUUUAAGAAAGAUCAAAAGCCUCAUUGUUGUGAAUUACCCUUCAAUAAUUCAAAUACAUUAUAAUAAUAUUUAGAGAAAGUUAAUUAUGCUAAUGCCCAUACUUCAUUAUCUAUAGAAUUUGUAGAAAAUGCAAUCCCCAAAUCUUUAAGAAUUGAAUUUGAACCUAAAACAAAUUACCUUAAACAUGAUAAAUGUAAUAUUAUAAAAUAUAUCUUAUAGCAUUAAAUCUAUUAAAUCUCAUUGACAAUUUCCAAUCUAAAGAACCUUUAUUAGAUGAAAAUGCUUAUCAUUGUACAAUUUGCAAUGAUUUAACUUUUGCUAUCAAAACAAUGAGUUUGUAAAAAUUACCUGAUUAAUUAAUCAUAUAACUCAAAAGAUUUUAAUAUGAUGAACAUAAGGGAUUCUAGAAAAACAAUAUUCUAGUCACAUAUCCAGAAGCCAUUACAAUUAAUUAAAUAGAUUAUGAAUUAUAUGGUGUAGUAUAACAUUUUGGAGGAUUAGACAAUGGUCAUUAUACAGCUUAUGGGAGAAGAUAAAAGAAAUGGAUUGAAUUCAAUGAUGAUUCAACUAAAGAAGUUAAAGAGAAUGAUGUAAUAAAUGACAAGAAUGCAUACAUUCUAUUUUAUUAGCAGAAAUGA